CACCCUUAGUUGGCCCGCUGUGAUGGCAAGCUCCACGUGUGCCUCCUGUGAGCUCUCGCCUGUGCAUUCUCACCUUGGCCUUCCACUGUGAAAGUCCCCCCUCGAGGUUUGGCACUCGCGCUCUGAGUUAGCGGAGAAGGGAGGGCAAUCAUUCUGGAUUAUAUCAAAUUCCCGAGGGCUAGUGUGUGUCUGUGUGUGUUACAGGACACAGAGUGCAGGGCGCGCCCCGACAGACUGGCGUUUUGACAGGAAAGGCGAGUGAAAAGAAGGACAAAGGCGUUCCCCUCCUUACCUGAAUGCCGAGGGAGUGACGUCAGUCCGAAUCACAGAGCAGCAUACUUUGAUCUUGAAUUUUCACCCUGUAGAAGAGACGCCAGUGGAUGUGGGUAUCUCAGAUAAGCCGACGGCGCGAGAGAGGAGGGGCGUGUGAGUCACCAGUGUGGGUGGGGAGGUAAAUUACUCCCCAAGAGAGAGAAAGAGAGAGAGACACUCUUCCACCAGUGUGAGCCAGGGGAGCGGGGCGUCGACUCCCACAACAGGGCCCUCUCACCACUCGUCAUACGCACUUCUCACUCCUUCUGGGGGAUCUCUGGUUGUGUCCUUCCCUCCUUCUCCGUAGGAUAUCUCGGCAAGAGGCACCGGGGACGUAAAAUGAGCCACGAGUGAAGGGAAAAAGUGUCUUUUGUAAGAGAGUGAAGGUUGGACGUCUAUUCAGUUCAGGGGAAGAUGGCGACGUCCGUGCUGAGUCCGGUCAAGACGGAGGACCAGAUCCUGCAGGAUUCCAUGCUCGAGGAUGAUCCUAAUGACAAUUCGGCCACCAACGAGGAGGAGAAGACCAAGCCUCGUUGGGGGCCGUACCACAAGGGAGCCAAAGAGCUGGCCAGCCUGUACAGCAAAGAACUUCAUUCGUCCCUUCCGUGAGCACCACAUUGACCCCACAUCAAUCACACGACACGACUUCAUUGAAACCAACGGGGACAACUUCAUGCUCACUCUCCCAGGUCUGAUGUCCAUGACGUGGAACUUCUGCACCAAGACCAACGAGCAGAUUCAGGCCAACUACUAUUGGUUUUCAUACCUCUAUCUUUUGGCAAUUUUUGUGUCAUUAACAAAUCAGAUCCACAAAUGGUCACACACAUACUUUGGCCUCCCACGCUGGGUCACCAUAUUGCAG